CUGUGCACAGUUUUGCUUGAUUGUGGUCAACCGACAAACAUUUUUCAGUAUUUUGUGGUGUUUUUCGGUGAAAUUUCGUACAAAUGUGUCGGUAGGUUAGUGUCCCAUUACAGUGAGCGAAAAUGUCUGAGCUGAAAGCAAAGAAAAUCCUUGCGGAGCUGGUGAAAAAAUCAGGAUGCACCUAUUCCGUGGAUAACGUCCUGACCAUUUUCCGGAACAAGGAUGCGAAAUAUAGCAAUAAACGGUUGGGAGCAUUGCUGACCCAGCUGUUCAAAACCACCCCGAACGGGGCCAAGUAUGUGGACGAAUUUGUGUCCUCCAAUUCGAAGGAUACGUACGCGGCCUUGGUUCUGGUGCUGAACAAUUUCCUGCAGGAUUGCAAGACUCAGCAUUCGGAAAAGUCCGUAGUGCAAGCGGAAAAGGCACAGCCUCCGGUCGUAGAUUCCGUCUCCAAGCGGGUGACACUGUUCGAAACUCCUCCACUGUCGUCGACUCGAAUCGCCGUUCCGGAGCAGAUCACUCCGGAGAACGUGCAAGAAAUCAGGGAGAAACUCGUACAGGCGGCGAUCGGAUCGGCGGCGAACCGAUCGUCCGGUUCGAUACCAGCUGCGCUAGUUCCGCAAACGUUCGACUACAUGGCCAAGAAGGGGCCGAUCGUCUCGUGGAACUUCAACUACGAGGAGCUCUAUCCGAUGCAGAACAAGAAUGUGGCCGCCAUUCCGCUGAGUUCGCAAGAGCCGAUCGUCCUGAAAGAGUUGCUGGACUGUUUGAUGGGGGUGAAGGGAUCGUUGAUUGCGCCGAAGAAGACAAUCCAUUCACCGGGUUUGUAUCCGGUGGAGUUUGAAGUGUCCGAUCAGAUCGGGGAAUCGCUGAAGGACAUGGUGAGGGAGAUUCUCCCGUUGGCAUCGCAUUACUCACAGGUGCAGGAUUUCAUCGCAGCAUCGAGCUCCCUCGAAAGUGGGCAGGUCUUGCAAGCUCUACGGGCAGCACUUCAGACCAUCAUAAACGAUUACUAUCUCUCGAUAACGCAGCUGGAGGAGCUGUUCCUCAAGCAGCAGCUUACGUUCCACAAGCUACUCUACUUGCUGCGUCCAGUUUUUCACACGAUGGAAGUGCUAGCGGAAAUUGUGACCGCAAUUAGGCAGACCAAUUGUCGAGGCGGAACGGUCCUUACGCUGCUGCAUGACAAAAUCACUUCCACUAUGGGAGACGAGAAGAGUCAGAAGGUGUUGAUCCAUCUGAUCGAGAUGGCUGCUGUACCCUACAUGGAAAUGCUGCAGCUAUGGAUCUUCAAUGGGGUAAUUCAUGACCCUCGUAAGGAGUUUUUAAUCGAACAUCACGAGAUGGAUCUCAACGAGAACGAGCUAAUGGACUACUGGGAGAAGCAGUACACGAUACGAAUGGAUAAGGUUCCCUGCAUCCUGAACAAAUAUGCCGACAUCAUUCUACGCACCGGGAAAUACCUGAACGUUAUCCGAGAAUGCGGAAGCUCCGUAGACUAUAACCAGCAGAUCUGCGUCACACUAAAGUACACUCAUUCCGAACAUCAGACGUACAUCAAGUCCAUAGAAGAUGCGUACAACUACGCUUCUUCUUCGCUACUGAACCUGAUCAUGGACAAGUACAAUCUGAUGGGUCGGUUGUACUCCGUGAAGCGUUACUUCCUUCUACAGCAAGGGGAUUUCAUCGAUCAAUUUAUGGAUACCUGCGAGGAAGAUCUGAACAAGGACGUCGAUGACCUUCGUCCAAUGCGACUGGAGAAUCUCCUCGAGGUCACACUCAACAUGUCCUCUGCUCGGUACGACGAAUAUCACGACGACCUCAAAACCAUGCUUCUGCCCUACGGAAUCGUCACUCAGAUUUCCAAGAUCGUCAAAAAAGAGGACGUCUUCCUGGACACCCUUGGCGAUACAUCCCAGCUGAAAGGAAUCGAAUGCUUCACUUUCAACUAUAACGCCCAGUGGCCAGUUUCCAUCGUACUGAACCGGUGGACCAUCUCCAAGUAUCAGAUGAUUUUCCGACUGCUGUUCUAUCUCAAGUACGUCGAGCGGAUACUGUGCCGUGUUUGGAUUGCCAACAAUCGAACCAAGCAGUUCGCACCGCAAACGGCCAAAUUGUACCGGUCGGCAUUUACCCUGCGGCAGAAGAUGCUCAUAGCCAUCCAGAACUUUGAGUCGUACAUGAUGAUCGAGGUGAUCGAACCCAACUGGCACCUCUUCUAUCAGAACAUCAAACAGAUUAAAAACAUCGACGACGUCCUGAACUACCAUCAGGACUUUCUGGACCAGUGCAUAAAAAACUGCAUGUUGACGGAUCCCGAUCUUCUGAAAGCUGUCAUCAAUCUCUGCAACAUUUGCAUUCAGUUUUGCACCUUUCUAGCGGAGGCACAGCGACAUUUCAUUGAUGCCGAGCUCUGUUCGAUGUUGGCCUCAACCGAUGAGUUUUCGCUUUCCUCCGAGUCGGACUAUGACUUUGCAUGCCAACAGGACGCCACCUCGAUGGAACCGACCGAGACGUUCUCCGAACGGGUGGAGCACUUCCGUUGCGAUUUCACCAAUCAAAUCAAGUCGCUGAUGCACAAAAUAACCGACAUUGCCACGCAAAAUCCUUCGGAAAAGUUUAUCAAUCUCAUUCACAGAAUUAACUUCAACUCCUACUAUAGCGAUAAUUUCGAUAACUAAUAGGCGAUAGAUCCCCGGCUGAUUGGUAAGGACGGUACACCCCCCAAUUCUUAUGAAUCCGUGUUGCCAAAGUACCUAUAUGUUCCUUUGUCACUCAAAACAAUUCAAUCGCAAACAGCAAACGAAAACGCUUAAUACGCAAAUGCUUUAGACAAAAGAAUAAGCAUUUGUAGAUAAUCUUACCCCUAGGGGUCAAAGGAG